UCGUUAAGGCUAGGGUUGUAAAACCCUGCUCGCCGUCGCUUCUCCUUCCUCUUUCCCUUCCUCUCUCAUCAGAUGAAGAAGAAGCAGAAGGCCAGUCAACCAGUUUCCACCGCUACUGCCGCCGUCGACGGCGGUGGAGUCAUGGAUCUCAAGCCCCUGAUUCGGGAUCACUCUACGUUCUUCGACAGGUUGGUCGAACUCAUUCCGGCCAAGUUUUACCUCCCAAACGACGACGACGCCAAACCAUGGUUCCAAGGCCUGAACAAAGCGGCCAAGGAGGCAGCCAAGAAACAGACUAGAGACAACAUCAAGAAAGCGCGCCGCGACCGCCUUGACCCUGACAAGUCUCAAACCUCCUCAACCCUAGAUUUGCUCAAGCAAAGCCUUCAGAAAGAAAAGGAAGCAUAUGACAUUGAGCCGAUCACCAAUUUGGACGGCGGAAAAGAAUCGGUCACCUAUGAGGAGCUCCGAUAUCGCCUCCACCGGCGCAUCGAGGAGCUCCGGUCGAACCGCGGCGGAAGCGGCGGCGAAAGGCCGAAGAGUGAGAAUAAAGAGAAGAAGAGAAAGAGAGGCAGUGAAGGGGAUGGGAGAAGUUCUAGGGUUGUGGAAGAUGGGGAUAAUCAGAAAUCGGAGGGUGAAAUUGAGAAGGAUGUUGCUGAGGCGACAAAAGGGAUUGAAUUUGGGAAAAUAAGGCUCGGAGGUGAAGAGGAAAAGGGAAGGAAGAAGAAGAAGAGAAAGUUAUCAAAGGUGAAGGAGCUGGAGAGGGCGGAGCAGUUGAAAGAGGCAAAGGGGGACCCAGAGAGAGGGGAGGGGGUGUCGAAGAAGCACUCCUGGAAGGCUGCGGUAAGCCGGGCGGCCGGGAUUAAAGUGCACGAUGAUCCAAAAUUGCUGAAACAGAGUAUGAAGAAGGAGAAGAAGAGGCACGAGAAGAAUGUAGAGAAGUGGAAGGAGAGGGUUGACAGCAGGCAGAAGAUGAAGGGGGAGAAGCAGCAGAAGAGGGCUGAUAACAUAGCUGAGAGGAUACAUCAGAAGAAGAUGAGGAAGAUUGCUAAGAGAGAGAAGAAACUCUUGCGACCUGGUUUUGAAGGCCGGAAAGACGGUUAUAUUAAUCAAGAUUAAGGUUCUUCCCUUUUUUGGUAGGAUAGGAUAAGAUUAAGGUUCUUUUCCUGUUUGGAAGUUGUUAUGCUUUGAUAUUGAACUGAAAUGUAAACCAUGAACCGUUAACUAUUUGUGGAAUAUUGCUUCUCUAAA